AUGCCUAUACCUGUCACUUUUAAAGAUGAUCAACCUUGUCUCUCAUUAUAUGAUCUUUCUGAUGGGAAUGGAGAUUCUGAUGAUAUUGAAAUAAUUGAAAAUUAUAUUUAUGAUAAUUUGAUAGAAGACUGGGAAGAAAACUACAACAAACUACAUGAUAUUAUAGAUAGAGAGCGAUCUAAUCAUGUGUUAUCAAAUAAUACUCUUGAUUUAUAUAAGAGUUUAACACUUUUCUACUAUUAUUCCAGUUCACCAUGCUUGUGUAUUGAUGAUUAUCAAUUUAAGAUAAUUGAGAGUGGUUUUGGAUGCUUCAGGACGGUAAAGUCAUCAACUUCCUCUAAAUUAGAAAAAAUAUAUAAAGAUGAAGUUAUAUUGCAAACUUUAAGCAUGAAUGUAGAAGCAUUAUGUUCUGCAAUUUCAGAAAAGAAUAUUUUAGUUGUAUAUAUUAACAAACUCUUUGCUCUUAUUGCUUUAUACAACUUUUUUUGUGAUGAAGGUGAACUGGAAAAAGAAAUUCUCAAAAUAAUUCAGAGAGAUAUCAGAGAUAUGCUAAUCUUUGAUGAAAUUGCUAAGAAUUAUGACUUGCCUCCCUUUUGCAUAAGAUCACUAGGUAUUAUCAAAUCCUUUAAUGAGAUUAUACCACUAAUUAAAAAUGCAACAUUAGAUUACACACUAAAUGAGUUUUUUAAUAAAUCAUCUGAGCUACGUCCAGCAUUUUUUAUUUCAGAUGAUCACUGUAAACCUGAUAUCAUAUUUUUUGUUAAAUUUGAAGAAGUUGAGGUUCCAGUCUUUAUUCAAGUAAAACUGCAUUAUUCAUUUAAAGCGAUUAUGGGAGCACUAAGUAUAAUUAAUUCAAAAAUAUUCUACAAAGAUAAAAAUUGA